AUGGAAAAGACAGGUGACAUUCAGAUCUGCCAGGAUAGGCAUGAAGAGGACGUCCCAAAGAGUUCCCCAUUUGACAUUUUUAUAAAACAGUUACAAGGGAAGAGGUCCUCUCCUGGGAAAAGAAAAGAGCAGCCUUCAGCCAUCAAAAAAAUCUUCAGGGGCUUUGACUUUGGGAAAUCUGAAGGCAAGGACAGGAGGGAAAUUGAAACUGAAAUAGACAACUCUGGAGCUGAUGAUCAGAGUGAGAAGCAAGAUCUCUCUGUAGAAGAUGGACUUUCACAUCUCAUUUCUGAAGCGGAGUCACCAUCUGGUGAGCAGAGAUUUAACCAAUUCAUGCAGAAAGUGGGAAAGAAACCCAACAGCAAGAAUCUGGAUCUAAGCAAUUGUGCAUUAAGUGCAGCAGAUGUAACAGAGCUGGCUUCUUUACUGCCGCUUCUCCCAGGGCUGGAAGAGAUCAGCCUGUCCUGGAAUGGUUGUGUUGGUGGAACUUUGAAAGCUCUGACUAUUUAUCUUCAUCACGUAAACCUGUUAAAAGUCCUUCGACUCAACAACUGCAGGCUGACAGCUGAGGAUGUCACCUCCUUAGGAGAGGCAUUUGAAAUUAUUUCUCAACUUGAAGAACUGGAUUUAUCAUGGAACAGCAACAUAGGUGGAAAACUAUCACUUCUGACAAAAAAACUCCGGAAAGGGUGCAAGUUAAAACUUCUGAAAAUUACAGACUGUAACCUGACAGCAAAGGAUGGAGAAUCGCUUGCUGAAAUUCUAAAUGUGAUUCCAAACCUCGAAGUAUUAGAUCUCUCUAUCAACAAACACAUUGGCUGCAGCAUGAAGGUUAUUGCUCAGAAUCUGAAAAACCUGACAGGCUUGAAAGAGUUAAACUUACACAUGUGUGGAUUAAAGCAAGACAGCCUCCAGGGCUUAGACACUGCUUUACAACACCUUGCCGAGCUAAGAAAAUUAGACAUAUCAUGUAACAAAGAGAUUGGUGGUGGCUUUAAAGACUCAACAGUUCAUUUUGCCAGCUUGAAAAAUCUCGAAGUCCUUGAUCUCCACCAAUGCUGUGUAACAGAAGAGGACAUGACCAUUUUGUCCCAGGUGAUACCUUUACUCUCCAGUCUUCAAGAGCUGAAUUUAUCCUCGAAUAAAAAUGUAGGAGUCUCAUCUGAUCCUCUUCUGGGCAGGCUCAGAUUUUUACCGAAGUUGAAAUCUGUGGCCAUCAGCAAUUGUGGUUUAGGCAAAGAGUCGUUUUCAUCACUAGCUGAAGCUGCCCUUCACCUUCCUGAACUGAAGAUCUUAGACCUUUCUUGGAAUAAGUGCGUUGGUGGGAACCUAAAGCUGCUUUUGGGAGUGUUAAAGCUUGCAACGGAGAUUCAAGUGUUAAGACUGAGCAGCUGUAACUUGGUGGCUGAAGAUUUGGCACUUCUAAUGUUACUGACGCAGGAUGGCCAUCUAGCCAGAUUACAGAAGCUGGAUUUGAGUUAUAAUAACAACAUCUCUGACGAAGGGUGGGUCGUUUUCUGUCAAGGCUUAGCAGUAUUCAAAGAACUCUCAGAGCUGGAUGUCAGUCUUCGUCCAUCGUCCUCUCGUGACUGUGGGAUGUGGUUCAGCGAGUUGUUAGCAGCACUGACAAAGCUCCCUGCCUUGGCAGAGCUGGGGAUGCAAAGAUGGAUCUUUUCAGAAUCACAGCGGAAACGACUGGAAAGCUUUAAUCAAGACAACAAAAGAAACAUUCGUUUUGACUGUUGAUGGAGGUUGAAGGUUUCUGGAAGGCCUUUCACAAGCA